AUGUCCCUUACUUUGGUGCUCAGUGGGAAGAAUGCCCCUUACAUUGGGGGUCAGUGGGAAGAAUGUCCCUUACAUUGGGGGUCAGUGGGAAGAAUGUCCCUUACAUUGGGGGUCAGUGGGAAGAAUGUCCCUUACAUUGGGGGUCAGUGUGGGAAGAAUGUCCCUUACAUUGGGGGUCAGUGGGAAGAAUGUCCCUUACAUUGGUGGUCAGUGGGAAGAAUGUCCCUUACAUUGGGGGUCAGUAGGAACAAUGUCCCUUACAUUGGUGGUCAGUGGGAAGAAUGUCCCUUACAACGGUGGUCAUUGGGAAGAAUGCCCCUUACAUUGGUGGUCAGUGGGAAGAAUGUCCCUUACAUUGGUGGUCAGUGGGAAGAAUGUCCCUUACAUUGGAGGUCAGUGGGAAGAAUGUCCCUUACAUUGGGGUCAGUGGGAAGAAUGUCCCUUACAUUGGGGGUCAGUGGGAAGAAUGUCCCUUACAUUGGUGGUCAGUGGGAAGAAUGUCCCUUACAUUGGGGGUCAGUGGGAAGAAUGUCCCUUACAUUGGUGGUCAGUGGGAAGAAUGUCCCUUACAUUGGGGGUCAGUGGGAAGAAUGUCCCUUACAUUGGUGGUCAGUGGGAAGAAUGUCCCUUACAUUUGGUGGUCAGUGGGAAGAAUGUCCCUUACAUUGGUGGUCAGUGGGAAGAAUGUCCCUUACAUUGGUGAUCAGUGGGAAGAAUGUCCCUUACAUUGGAGGUUAGUGGGAAGAAUGUCCCUUACAUUGGUGGUCAGUGAGAAGAAUGCUGCUUAGAUUGGAAGGGUCUGGUUCAUUAUCACCUGGUACACUG